UCUGGUCCUGAGUCAUGUGAGCGUGAGGACAAUUCACUGCAGAAGAAAGGAAGCACACCUUCGGGAAAGUUUUGCAGAGUUUAAGUUUGCUGGAGGAGAGUCAUGGAAAGUGAAGCGGGAAUGAUGAGCGCGGCCGGCCUUGAUGAUCGUCUGAGUCCGACGCGUCUGACAGGGUUGGGAAUGAGCUGCCUUCUCUCUCCAAAGUACAGACACUUAGGGCCGGGCCUCACCUGUCUGCAUACGUACAACCAGUGGUUGCCUUACCGCCAUGAUGCUAGCCUCCUGCCCAUGAAAGAAGAUCUGGCCCUCUGGCUCAACUCUAUUAUGGGGUUGAACCUCACUGCAGACAGUUUGAUGGAAAAGUUGGAUAAUGGUGUUCUCCUCUGUCAGCUGGCACAAACGCUCCAAGAGAAGAUGAUCCUCACUAGCAACAACAAGGCCUUUGUCAGAAGAGCGAUCCACUGGCGAGCUGAUGCAACUUCUGGAUCCUUUUUUGCCCGAGACAAUACUGCCAACUUCCUCUACUGGUGUCGAAAGAUUGGAGUUGAUGAGGCAUACCUUUUUGAGUCUGAGGAUCUGGUCUUACACAAGCAGCCUUGGGAUGUGUGCCUCUGCCUGAUGGAGCUGGGACGCAUUGCAGCCAGGUACGGAGUGGAGCCACCAGGCCUGGUGAAACUGGAAAAAGAGAUAGAAAGAGAGGAGGCUGGGUGCUUAUCUCCAUCAUCUCCUCUCUGCUUUUUUUAUCCAGCGCCGUUGCACUCACCACCACCAACGUUGCCCCUUCCCUCGGCCCCCUCCCCUCCUCGUUCACCUGCCCCCCUCACUUCGAACACAACCUGUGUGCCUGAACCUCUCACUACCUCCUUUGCCUCUGAUCUUCCAUCAGCCGCCACAGACCCUCUGCCUACAUCCUCGCCCCCUCCCCAGCCCCUCCUCUUAGCUUCUAGCCUUUGUACGAGCGCAGCCUCAACACAACCCUCUUUGUUCUCCUCAUCUUGCACCAUUGACACAUCUGCUUCAGACCUGCUGUCAGCGCCCCUAACAGACCAAACUCUGGGAUCCUCUGCUGAUGUCUGCCCAGCCACAGAAAACAAACAGACUCCCAAAGUCCCCUCCCAACCAGCAGCACAAACCCCUCGUUCUUCCAACAAGUCCAGAAGCCGAAGGAGCGUCAGCACAAGCAGAUUGGAUGACAUUGUGAGAAACAUCACUGAAAAUCCUCCCUGCAGCUGUCCCACCAGGUUCCCUGUUGAGAAGCAGCCAAAAGGCUGCUAUCGCGUAGGGGACAAGGUUCUGUAUUUACGGAUGCUGAAUGAGCGUCAUGUCAUGGUUCGUGUCGGCGGUGGGUGGGACACUUUCAUAGGCUACCUGCAGAAACAUGACCCCUGCAGAGGCGAGGGAGGAGCGGGAAGAGGGACGCCGAGAAGGCCUGAGGUCUGUCGGAACAAACUAAAACCCGCCGGCCUGAAUGUUUCAACAGAAAAUUAUAUGGUGGUUGGUGUUCACCACAGGGGAAAGAAAUAGAGUCUCAAAAAGUUAUUUUCAUAAAACAACUUGAACCUAAUUUUUUUUUUACCUCAGUGUUUAAAGCCAAAAGUUCCCCUUUUUUUAUACAUCACUCUUUUUUUAUACAUCACUGACAGAGAUGACUGUCCUUUCAGGAUAUCUGAGAUGAGUUUUUCUUAAGAAUCUCUUUUACUAACUUAAGAAUUUUAAUAGUCAAUGAAUCUGUGCUUUUUUUUAUGAGGAAAUUAAAUAUACUCUAGCUAACCUAAGCAUUUCUAUUAACUGCUUUUACUUUUACAUUGAGUAAUGAAGCAGAACACAUUGAUAAGUCAGGGAUAAACAUUGAAAUAGCUGCUUAGUGGAGCACUAGCUUUGUCUGUAGCGGUAGCCAUGAUGAUCUGGAUGCUCUGAAGUAUUACGAUCGAGGAACUGAUUAAAAUAAACCAUAAAUAAUCUAGGAUCAGUUAUAUUUUUAAAUAAUGACUAUUAUGUUUAAGUAUUAAUGCAAACUGUUCUUCUUUUUCACGCUAAAUGUUGGAGUAACAGGUCUUGCAAGCAGUAGAUGGUUUAACUUAAUAGUUUCAUGUGUUUGUCUUUCUGUGGUUUACACAAUAAGGGGUUUAAAUAAAGAGGAAUAACUCAUUUUAUUGGCUGUUUAAUAUGACAAGGCAAACAUUAUUUACAUUUGUAUUAAGGCAUAACUAUUAGUGUGAUUAUAACAUCACUACAAACAGCUCCAUGACAACAUGAUGACAGAUCUGCAGCAGUAAGGCAACAAGCAUGAUAAAAAUAAAAGCCGAUUGCCUUGUAGAUUAUUCUGCUGAAAAAUCAUGUCUUUUUUAAAUCAACCUACAUUCCAGUUUUUGUUUUUAAUGUUCUAAAUUUUCUAGAUUCAGAAUCUAUCAAACCUCAAAAGUGUUCUUCCUUUGAAUUGGAAGUAGACGUGUUUUGUUUCUAUUCUGUUGUUUGAUGUUAUUAUUUGGAUGUGACCAAUAGAUUAGUCUGAUCACUAAGAAGUUUACUGUUGAUGCUUUAUUAAUAACCUGCUCGAAUGAUGACCAGUUUCAAUUGAUUUGUGAUUGAAAUAAAAAACAUCUUUAAAAAUGUUUCAUCAAUUUUAUCAUUUCUCCUUUAAAUCUAUGUUACCAUUCUGUCUGUCUAUGAGCCAUGACUUCUUGUCUCGCCCUUAAAGUUACUGCACAGUCAAAAACAGGCAGUGAUUCUGCUAGCGAAAGUAAAAGUCGACCUUGAAAAAAAAGACCAGUAGCAGGGACUCACUGCACUUGUUCCUACAUAUAAUUCUGCAGUUAUAAAAUCACUGGUUUAAAAUCAAUACUUAUUCCAAUAGUUUACACUAAUGCUGUGGAAAAAUCUUAUCCUUAUCACAUAAAUGCUAAGUGACAGUAUAUUUGUAUAAUGAUGAAAGCAAAGCACACUGGCUCUGCUUUCCAUCAACUCUAUUCAAAUGUAAAAGCUCCCUCUAGAUGGCACCAUGUCCUCAUUGACAAAAGGCCGUGCCUCGCCCCGCCAGCACUCUGCCGCUAAGAUCAUCUCUCCGCUCUUCUGGACCGCACUCCAAAGAACUGCUUCCAGUUUCAGCUCCGCAGAUCCAUUAAUAGAAAUAUUCCUCUGCUUUCUCAGUAAGAUUGGAGUUGUCACGUAUUCACUCUUUAAAAGGAAAAGAAAUAAGAAGCGGAUCAAAACGAGGAUAAUUUACAUUCUCACAGAUGAGAAGAAACAGCACUCACAGCAUGUUAAUAAAUACAUAUUUUAUUACAUUAAAAUAAAUCAAUUAAAAAUGGACACAGAUUUUUUUUUUAAUCAUAUAUUGAAAGAAACUAAUGAGAUCAUGCAAGACUGUAAUGUCUUUUUUAAUCCCACACAACAUCUGAAGUGGAUGCACCCAGUAUAAAUGAACUGUAGAAAAUAAUAGCUGUGCUACUGAAACACGUGCCACUCUGAGGGGGCGGCGUUUUCUCUCGCAGUACAAAGUUCCUCAUGAAACACGCAGGAGGGAACCACUUGAGAAGGAUUUUACAACCUUUCUGCGUUGAAUUGUUUUCAAGUGUUCUUUGUUUUGGAUAUUUUGAGAGUCUUGCUACGGUGUGCUGCGGUUCUUUUUUUUGUUUUUUAUCAAGUCAGGGGAGGUGUAAUUCUGUGCUUCACCAUGUUUGUAAAACUUAGGGGUCGCAUGAUGGCACAUCAAGGCCAGAGAAGUCAAAUUUCCCCACCGACAACGUACAAAACGUCUUGAGAGGGCGGUGUGCAACUGUGCUUGAGUCACAACAACACCUAAUACUUGUAGUAAAUGACCUAUACAUACAGUUACUUUAACUGUUUUCAUUGAUAUUUAUAUCAAUACACACCAGUUUGGGUGUAAACUCAAAACUUGAGAAACCCGAAUCAUCUUGUUGCAUUGCAUUCUGUCAAUUUUCUUUGUCACAAUCUUACACAAAAAUCUUCAUAUAUCAUAUUCAGAGUUUCUCAUAUACAAGAGCCUGGACCCUGACCACGCGCCGUGGAACGAGGCUCCUCACAUGCCCUGAUCUUCAUUUGCUACCUCAUGUAGCCUUAUAAAAGCACAUCUAUCUCACACUCCAGGCUCACUGACCUUUAUAUGAUGCAGCAAAGUGCAAAGAUCUCACCACACACUGACGGUACAAGUUUCAGUCAUGCGUUAGCUAAUUUUCUCGUUAAUGGCGAUACUGGAAGGACUGAACAUCACAUAAAGUGUUGUUAACACACUAUGACACCUUAUUUUAUAUGAGUUAUUUGACAUAGUUGACAGAAAGAUGAUCAAGACUCAUAUCAGGUAAUCGACACCUGACAUUAAUACUUGUAUCAUGAACCACUGAUGAAAGUUAUUGUAUUUUUUUUUUAAAUGAAGUUGUUCUAGUCAGUGAGAAACAGUUAUAAUCUCUGGAAGGUGAUGUUCUCUGUUAAUUCCUAAUACCUGAAAUGACCACUGGGAAAAAAAAUAAAAAUAAGUCUCUUUUGCAUUUAAGCUGAAUAUUAAAUCCUUUUGGCUCAACAUGACUUUCAGAGCUAUUCACAAUAUGUAAUCAUAUAAUACACAAAUACAAUGUUUUUUUUUUAAACAAAUGAAGUGUUAAUCAUUUAAACUCUAUCCUCAUUGUCAAUUUAAAUAAGAAAACCCCAAGAGUUUAAAACACCACCUGUAUCCAUCAGCUUGUUGUUUUCAGAAAUCUCAUAAAAAAAGAGACAUUUCAUAAUCCAUGUGUUGCAUCCAAUAACAAAACCUAUUUGGUAUUUGGAUAUUGUGCUUUCCAACAAAGAUUUKUYU